UGAACAGUUUUUGACUUAAAAUCUUUUUUUUCUGUUAUAAAUUUAUCCAUCUUGUUCUCUCUGUACUACAAUUUGUGUGGACUAUCUGGUUUUAUCACUUCACUUUGAGUCUACAUAUGUUCUUAAGUCUAAAGUGACUUUCUUGUUUAUGACAUGCAGUUGAAUCUUUUUUUAUCCACUCAGAAAUUCUAUAACUUUUGAUAAGGGAGUUUAUUCUAUAUAUUUUUUUAGUAAUUAUUGACAGAUAAGAACUACUGCCAGUUUUUAAAUUGUUUUUGGUUUUAUAGUUUUUAGUUUUGUCUUUCCCUUCUAAAUAACUAAAGAAUAAGAACUGAGUUUUACCAAUCAGUUUAUGUCUUGUGACACCCAGCAUAAAAUUUUUUUAAAAGAUGUAUUUAUUUAUUUGAAAGGCAAAGUUACAGAGAGAAACUGGGAGAAACAGAGAGAUGUCUUCCAUCCGCUGGUUCACAACCCAGGGGUCCACAAUGGCCAGUGUUGGGCCAGACCGAAGCCAGGAGCCUGGAACUUAUUCCACGUCUUGCUAUGGGUCUAAGGGCCCAAGCACUUGGUCCUUCUGCUGCUGCUUUCCCAGGCACAAAAGCAGGGAACUGGAUGGAAAGUAAAGCAGCCAAGACUUGAACCAGUACCCAUAUGGGAUGCCAGCUUCUCAGGGCCUCACCUACUCAAGACAUCCCCUCCUGCCUGUGAUUGUGUGCAUUAGCAAGAAGCUAGAAUCAGAAGCAGAGCCAAGACUUGAACCUAGGGACUCUGAUAUGAGGAUGUGAGCAUCUUAAAAGCAAAACGUUUACUGUUUUGGAGUUUAAAGUAUGUCAUCAUGGCAAAGUUUCGGAGAAGGACUUGCAUCAUUUUGUCACUUUUUAUUCUAUUUAUUUUCUCUCUGAUGAUGGGUUUAAAAAUGCUGAGACCAACUACAGCUGGUUUUGGAGCUCCUUUUGGACUGGACCUUCUUCCAGAACUUCAUCAACGAACUAUUCAUUUGGGAAAAAAUUCUGAUUACCAAAAGAGUAACAGAAUCAACAGUGAAGUAAAUACCAAGAAUAAAAAUGUUGAAAUCACUGUGAAACCUUCUAAAGCCUCUGAACUAAACUUGGAAGAACUGCCACCUCUGAAUUAUUAUUUACAUGUAUUUUAUUACAGUUGGUAUGGAAAUCCACAGUUUGAUGGUAAAUAUAUACAUUGGAACCAUCCAGUCUUGGAACACUGGGACCCUAGAAUAGCCAAGAAUUAUCCACAAGGGAGACACAGCCCUCCAGAUGACAUUGGCUCCAGCUUUUAUCCUGAGUUGGGAAGUUACAGCUCUCGGGAUCCUUCUGUCAUAGAAACUCACAUGAAACAAAUGCGCUCAGCUUCAAUUGGUGUACUAGCCCUGUCUUGGUAUCCGCCUGAUACAAAUGAUGAGAAUGGAGAACCUACUGAUGACUUGGUACCGACUAUUUUGGAUAAAGCUCAUAAAUAUAAUCUGAAGGUUGCUUUUCAUAUAGAACCAUAUAGCAAUCGAAAUGAUCAAAACAUGUACAAAAAUAUCAAGUAUAUAAUAGACAAAUAUGGAAAUCAUUCAGCCUUUUACAGAUACAAGACAAGGACUGGGAAUGCUCUUCCUAUGUUUUACAUCUAUGAUUCCUAUAUCACAAAGCCAGAAAAAUGGGUCAAUCUGUUAACCCCUUCCGGAUCUCACACUGUUCGCAAUUCUGCUUAUGAUGGAUUAUUUAUUGCACUUCUAGUAGAAGAAAAACAUAAGUAUGAUGUUCUGCAAAGUGGUUUUGAUGGAAUUUAUACCUACUUUGCCACAAAUGGCUUUACUUAUGGCUCAUCACAUCAGAACUGGGCUAGUCUAAAAAUCUUCUGUGAUAGAUACAACUUAAUAUUUAUCCCAAGCGUGGGUCCAGGAUACAUAGACACUAGCAUCCGUCCAUGGAACUCUCAAAACACGCGGAACCGAAUCAAUGGGAAGUAUUACGAAGUUUCUCUGAGUGCUGCACUUCAGGCCCAACCCAGUUUAAUUUCUAUUACUUCUUUUAAUGAGUGGCAUGAAGGGACUCAAAUUGAAAAAGCCAUUCCCAAAAGAACCAGCAAUACAGUAUACCUAGAUUACCGGCCCCACAAACCAGGUCUUUAUCUAGAAUUAACUCGUAAGUGGUCUGAAAAAUACAGUAAGGAAAGAGCAACUUAUGCUCAUAAAAAGUUGCCUGCCUCUUAAUGUAUUGGUUAAAGUUUAAUAAUUAUCAAAAUCCCCUAAUUUCAGUAAAGACCCUUUGUUUUGAAUUAUAGGGAAAACCUUUCAAAACCUAAAUGCACUGUUUCUGUUACUCUUUAAUAUAAAUAUCAUUUUAAAAGAUAAUGUUGAUCAUUGCUACCUUUUACAAUAUUGCACUGAGAAAAUAUCUACAAUAAAAAUUGUGCAGAUAACAUUCGUAUGGUGUAAUUUGCUGUGUUUCUAACUGAAAUUGAAAUUCUGGUUUGAUGACUGUUUGAUUGUCAUUUCAUGGUAGGUAAAUGCCUUUGUUCCGUAAAGCAGUUAGCACACAGUUAAACCACACUUACCUACUGGGACCAGAAAAAUAGGACUAUGUGUGUAUUCUAUCAAAGAAAACAAACCUAAAAGGUUGCAUUUAUGUUUCAUUUUUUUUUAUCAGUGACCCAAGCAACUUUGUGAUAUUGGUAUUUAGACUCUGAAUAAAUACACAUUAAUGUUGAAAUUCUUAAGACUAAUAAAAUCACUGUAACUUCCUCUCAGUUUUACUGUGAAUCUGAAACUGCGUUAAAAAAUAGACUUUCAGGGGGCCGGCGCUGUGGUGUAGCAGGUGGAGCCACCACCUGCAGUGCUGGCAUCCCAAAUGGGUGCUGGUUCAAGUCCCAGCUGCUCCACUUCCAUUCCAGCUCUCUGCUGUGGCCUGGGAAAGCAGUAGAGGAUGGCCCAAGUGCCUGGGCCCCUGCACCCACAUGGAAGACCUGGAAUAAGCUCCUGGCUCCUGGCUUUGGAGCGGCUCAGCUUGGCCAUUGCGGCCAUUUGGGAAGUGAACCAGCAGGCGGAGACCUCUUUGUCUCUGCCUCUGCCUCUCUGAUUUUUUGUUGUUGUUGUUUAAUCAUAAACUUUAAGUCUUCAAGAAGGAGUGGUUUCUGUAGCACAAUCCAUAUCAUCAUUGCAGAUUUAUGGUUACCUAUAGCAUGCUAAGUGUUUUGCAUGGUUAAUGUUGCUGCUUCCCCAUGCUGAAUUCCAAAUUUUAGAAGCUGUGGGAAAUACUUCUCUCAAAGGUAAUCCUUGCAUCUCAAUUAUUGGGAAAACAGUUGUUUUACAACUAUUACGAAACUAUAGUGCCUGAAAUAUUUAUUUUUAGGAUAACUGACCAAUCUUUAACUUGUUUUUAUUUUGUUAUUUAUGUCUUUAAAUGUAAUGUUAACCAUAGAUCACCUGUUAACUAAAAAGAAAAAAGUUGUUACUAUAGUUGGAUUUUUUUUAUAUUUUAUUAUUUCUUACCAAAAGUAACUGAGAAAAGAUAAUUACCAUUUCAGAUUUUAGAGAUGUGGAAAUGAAAAAUUUCUUUAUAUUUAACGUAAUUCUAAAGAAGACAGUAUUUUAAUUCUUAUAUAUAAUAUCCUUGUUUUAAAUGUUACACUAUUAUGGCAUCUUUCAGCUUAAAAUAUUUGUGAUCAAUAACUAUUUGUUUUAUUGUGUUAAUUGAUCACUUAUAUGAUGAAAAUUAUUUUUUUUAAACUUUUAUUUAAUGAAUAUAAAUUCCCAAAGUAAGCUUAUGGAUUACAAUGGCUUCCCCCCCAUAACGUCCCUCCCACCCGCAACCCUCCCCUUUCCCACUCAAUAUAAACUAAAAAUUAAUAAAUGAUAAUAGUUAAUUAUAACUAUAAUAAAGAUCUAAUAUAUAUUAUUAAAUUAAUGUCAUUUCUAAUAUAUAGCUUUACUAAGAGAAGCAAGUAAUACUAAAAAUAAUGUAUAUCAGUCUUCAGAGUAUAAAGAUAUUAAUUCAGAAACAAAUUAAAAGGAAUUUUAUCACAAAAUAGCCAUAAGACCAUAAAAAUUACUUUUAAGCAUAAGUUGAAAUGAAAUACAUUUUUGAAAAUAGACAUUAACAUUAAGCUUAUUUAUAACUUAAAAAUUUGUCAAUUCUCAAAGAAUGAUCAGGCCAUAAAAUAAUAGUACAGAUAGUAAUAAUAUGAUAAUUUCCCAGGGAAAAUUGCAAGAAUAAAUCAGUGUACUGUUAUUAUAACCAUACAGUUUCAUAGAAACAAUCUUUCAAUUAUAAACUGCAGAAUUUUUUCUUAUAUCCAGUUAACCACUAUAUGUUAUUUUAGGGAUGAAGCAUACAACGACACGCUUUCAUAGAAACAUUCUCACAGAUACAAAUUGUUGUUUUUUUUCUUAUAUGCAGUUAACCACUAUAUUGUUAUUUUAGGGACAAAUUAUACAUAUGUCAUAUCCAAUAAUCUUUUAUACCAUAUUUCAUCAAAGUUUUCUGAGAGAAAUAUCAACUACAGAAGAAUUUUCCUUAUUACUUUUGUUUUCCAUUUGAACCCACUGUGAGUAUAAAAUUAAUUUGUUAAAUGCUUCUGAGGUGAAGAGGAAGUCUAUAUUUUAAAACGAGGGGAUCAGCAGUCCUCAGUGUGGAUGCCCACCACUUUCUAUCAGUGCCCAUUGCCAACAUGGCUAAACCCCUACAUCAUACUUCACCCAUGGGCUUUGUUAUGAUUCCCUGGCUCAUUAAUCUAACCAGCCAAGUAGCAGUCAGAUUUCAAAGCAAGAGAAAACAAAUUCUAUAAUUGGAAAGAUUCAUUCUCAAGGGAAAAAUAUUUGGUAUCUGGUCUGAUAGUAGUUUACUAGUUUAUAAUUAUUAGAAUACCUUUUUCUUUCCUCCUUUUUGAAAAAGUUAUUACAGUUGUGCCUUGCUAUUCAUGAGUUCAUUACCUACAGAUUCAAGAAAGUAAAGAUUGAAAAUAUUCAGAAAAAAGGUGUACUGAACAUAUAUGGGUUUUUGUUCAUUAUGCUCUAAACAAUGCCACAUGACAAUCCUUUGCAUUGUAUUAGAUACUAUGAGUAAUAUAGAAAUGAUUAUGAAAGUAUAAUGGGAGACCAGCGCCGUGGCUCACCAGGCUAAUCCUCCGCCUACGGCACCAGCACCCCGGUUCUAGUCCCACUUGGGGCGCCGGGUACUAGUCAUGGUUGCUCCUCUUCCAGUCCAGCUCUCUGCUGUGGCCCGGGAAGGCAGUGGAGGAUGGCCCAGGUGUUUGGGCCUCUGCACCAGCAUGGGAGACCGGGAGGAAGCACCCAGCUCCUGGCUUUGGAUCUGUGCGGCGCCAGCUGUGGCGGCCAUUGAGGGAGUGAACCAACGGAAGGAAGACCUUUCUCUCUGUAUCUCUCUCACUGUCUAUAAUUCUCUGUCUCUCUCUCUCACUGUCUAACUCUGCCUGUCAAAAAAAUUUAAAAAAAAAAAAAAGUAUAUGGGAGGAUCUGCAUUGAUUAUAUGCAGAUAUUACCAUUUUAUAUAAGGGAUUUGAGCACCUGUGUUUUUGAACUUUCCUUUGAUAUAAAAGAAUGCAUGUAUUAGUAAAUAUUUCUAAUACUCUUGUUAUUUCUUAGAGAGGAAUAUAUUCAGAAAUCUUCCUCAGGUAUUCAUUACAACUGCCUUUACCGUUUGACUUGUAAUACAAUUCAUAUGGUUAUGUUCCCAAUUGAGUGUAAGUAAUUGAUAUAUUAAUAAACUUAGCCGGCGCCGUGGCUCAAUAGGCUAAUCCUCCACCUUGCGGCGCCGGCACACCGGGUUCUAGUCCCGGUCGGGGCACCGGAUUCUGUCCCGGUUGCCCCUCUUCCAGGCCAGCUCUCUGCUAUGGCCAGGGAGUGCAGUGGAGGAUGGCCCAGGUGCUUGGGCCCUGCACCCCAUGGGAGACCAGGAAAAGCACCUGGAUCCUGGCUCCUGCCAUCGGAUCAGCGCGGUGCGCCGGCUGCAGCGGCGGUCAUUGGAGGGUGAACCAACGGCAAAGGAAGACCUUUCUCUCUCUGUCUCUCUCUCUCACUGUCCACUCUGCCUAUCAAAAAAAAAAAAAUAAAAAAAUAAAAAUAAACUUUCUAAUUCAAUAAACUAAAAUAACUGUUAAAACACAACGUGGUUUGGUAUAUGCAAUGAAUGAAUUAAUAUGGAUUCUUUUUAUGUUUUUUAAAGUUUAACCAGUCUAAAUGUUUUGGCUGUAUAGAAACCAGUUUAUUGUCUUUUAAAGGAUUAAUGUUGUCAAAACUGAUGUCACUAAUGUUUAUCUGAGUUGUGUGUUAACAUUUUUCUCUUUUACUUUAAGGUUGUAUAAUCUGAAAAAUGACAAUUUUGUAUAUAUAGAAGAGUAGGUAAUUUUAAUCCAAUAAAAAUGUGUGAAAAAAUCCUAUCUGAAAUAUUAAAAUCUGUUCAUUUCUG